AUGCUGCAAUUGCCCAUGUCCGCCCGCAUUCGACUGCAAGCAAUCAACCAGCACAUCAUGACAUCUGCCCGUCCAGCUCCAAGCACAGUCGCCGGGCAUCUGGCCGGCAGCAGCCAGUCGUGGCACGGCAAGGUCGUCCCUGACGGGCCUUUCAAGCCAGAGAAAGGCCGAUAUCGACUCUAUAUUGGUCUCUUUUGCCCCUUCGCGCAUCGUGCCAACAUCGUUCGCCAUCUCAAGGGGCUGCAGGACACUAUUCCCGUCACGGUCGUCAAGCCAUAUCCCAAAGGCGAUGAGAAAGGCUGGCCGGGAUGGCAGUUUCCCUCCUCCGACUCCGAGUACCCCGGAGCAAAUCCUGAUCCCCUCUUUGGCGCAAAGUACCUGCACGAGCUCUAUUUCAAGGAUGAUCCAGAGUACAAGGGCCGCUACUCGGUGCCUCUGCUGUGGGACACCCAGACUAACACCGUUGUCAAUAACGAGUCCGCUGAGCUCCUCCGCGACCUGCAGACUGGCUUUAAUUCCAUCCUGCCUGAAGAAUACUCCAAAGUGACGCUCUACCCAGACCACUUGCGGGGCGAGAUCGACACCAUCUCAACCUGGAUGCAGCGCGACCUUAACACAGGUGUCUACAAGGCCGGCUUCGCUACCACUCAGGAGGAUUACGACAAGAACGUCCCAGUGGUCUUUGCCGCGCUGAACAAGCUCGAGAAGAUCAUCGCACAGCACGGCGGCCCAUUCGUCCUCGGAAAGGACCUUACCGAGCUGGAUGUGAGGGCCUUCGCUACAGUCAUUAGGUUCGAUACAGUCUAUGUGCAGCACUUCAAGUGCAACUUGGGCACUAUCCGGCAUGACUAUCCCCAGAUAAACAACUGGCUGAAGAACCUAUAUUGGAACGUGCCGGCGUUCAAGGACACAACCGAUUUCAAGCACAUCAAGGAGAACUACACCAAGAGCCAUGGCGACAUCAAUCCGCGUGCAAUCACGCCUCUGGGUCCGUGGCCCGAGGUUGAGGAGAAUUACGAGAAGGAUUUGAGCAAGGUGCCGACUGGGGGCGUCAAGAUGCCCCUGGUGCUUGAUCUGGAGGAGAGACUCUGA